AGAACCUGAUUUUUAGAAUCUAACUUUUAGAAAUCAUUUCAAAACCCAGUUUCAUCCAAAAGCAAUUUUUAGAAUUGCUAAAGAAAAAAAGUAAAACAUUUAAAAAAAUUAUAAUAUUUAUUAGAAAAGUUAUGCCAAACGGGGCUUAAAAAUUAUAAAAAAAAAAAAAAGAAGAAGAAGAAGAAAGAAACAAAAAUUGCUUUUAGCAAAAGCAAAUGCUAAGAGUCAAAGAAACAGUAAUUAGGUCUGUGUUUGUAGUGGCAGAAAUUGGGCUUUUGAGUUUCUCGCGAUUGGAGAAGCCCACAUCCAUAUUCAAACUACGAAAACUAAAAUAUGAAAGCAAAAGAAAGCAAAGAAGAUUAGCUAAAGGGUUUUCACCUUCUCGUAUUCUUUUUGUCAGCAUGAAGAAGAAACUGGAUACUCGUUUCCCUGCUGCUCGGAUUAAGAAGAUUAUGCAAGCUGAUGACGAUGUAGGGAAAAUUGCCCUGGCUGUGCCUCUUCUUGUUUCUAAAGCUUUGGAGCUAUUCUUACAAGAUCUAUGUGAUCGGACAUAUGCAAUAACUUUGAGAAGGGGAGCCAAGACCUUGAAUUCAUUGCACCUGAAACAGUGUGUGCAUACAUUUAAUAUCUUUGAUUUCCUGGGGGAGAUUGUUGGUAAAGUUCCUGAUUUAGGCGGUUCUGGAGCUGCUGGGGAUGAUUGCACUGUUGCCAAACGAAGGAAAGUUGCUGAUGAUGAAGAUAAUGACAGUGAUGCAGAAUAUAACAGGAGCAUAAUGCACGAGGUUACCCACACAAGUACCAGUGGCAGAGGCAGGGGCAGGGGCAGGGUCAGGGGCAGGAGCAGAGGCAGAGACUGCAGACGAGGUAGUAGAGCUACAAAGGGAGAGAGAGCUGCACAGCAUGAGGAAUUUGAAGAUGAAGUAGACAUUAGUCAUGAUGAUGACAACCUUAGUCCAAUCAUUGAAAGACUUGAUAAUCUUGAUGAGCCUGAAGACUUCAAAGGUGAUAUUCCAGCCAGUAAAAGUACACAAAUGCCAAUUCAUGACUUCGACCUAAAUGUAGACUUAGACGAGAAUGGGGAGUCAAAAACACUGUUUUCUGCUGGCCCCAUAAGUUCCUCAGCAAAAUCUAUUCCUGAAAUGAAGCAUGAGGAACUAUCUAGCUGGUCACUUGCAGACAGUGAGAAGAUGGAUAUUGAUCCCAUUCAUCUUGCCUACUUAAAUAGAAGAAUAGAUGAGGACGAGGAAGAUUAUGAUGAAGAAGACUGAAGCACGAUAAAUGCCAUGCUGUAUACUGUUUAUGUUCUCUAGGUUCUUAGUUCUGAUAUAGAAUUGUAGAUCUGAAGGUAGGAUUGUUCAGGCUGAUGAAAGGAAGUGUAAGGAUCUGGUAGUAGGGCUGACAGGAUUAUUUUAGCCUUCAAUGAAUUGGAGAUUCAUUUUUUCUUUUCUCCAGAAACUUGUAAUAUAUUUUCCGAUAGCAGGAGCUAACAAUAGUUAGAAAGAUAA